AAGCGGAUGUUGUGUGAGGGAGCGUGUCCCCGGGUGCCAGUGGCGGGCGGGUCAGCUGCUGUUACUGUUCUAAUUGGCUUCACAUGAGCUGUGGGUGCCACGCAUUUCAAUCGUCAAGCACAGCAGCCCCAUGUUUGAACUCUGCUCCGCUGUUGCCUCCUUCAAUGCCCUUCGCCUCCCUCUCCUGCCUCCUCACUUUCUCGGUGCUCCGUUUCGUUGUCGCUGUGUCGAGGUGCCUUUCCAUCGGACGUGUUCUCAGUUCUUAACUCGUUUUUCUUAUAUUUGUGGGACUCCGAAAGCCACCAGAAGUUCAGAAGUUGACAUGGCUCCAGAAAAGGAAAGUAACGGGCUUGACAACUACGCAUUUGCACUUGAAGGGCAUUUCUGUGACCUACAAGACACAAAACACGAAGAAGAAGUCACCUCCGUGGACCAUGAGCACAGCAAGCUGGCCUACUGUGUGACCGAUGUACCGCCUUGGUACUUGUGUGUCCUUCUUGGUAUACAGCACUGCUUGACAGCAUUUGGAGGGAUCAUUGCCAUCCCGCUGAUUCUCUCACAAGGCUUGUGUCUUCAACAUGACGGCCUCACGCAGAGUUACCUGAUCAGCACCAUCUUCUUCGUGUCUGGUAUCUGCACUCUGCUCCAGGUCACCUUUGGCAUCCGCCUGCCUAUUCUCCAAGGUGGAACAUUCACAUUGCUGGCACCGUCCAUGGCGAUGCUGUCCAUGCCAGAGUGGACCUGUCCUGCCUGGACACAGAAUGCAACCCUCGUCAACACGUCCUCUAGCGAAUUCAUAGAAGUGUGGCAGAGCAGGAUGAGGGCGCUCCAGGGGUCUAUCAUGGUGGGCUCGCUCUUCCAGGUGGUUGUUGGAUUUUCUGGUCUGAUCGGCAUCUUCAUGCGCUUCAUUGGACCUCUCACCAUCGCACCCACCAUCUCUCUCAUCGGACUGUCCCUUUUUGACUCUGCCGGUACCAGUGCUGGAAACCACUGGGGCAUUUCCGCCUUGACCACUGUACUGAUCAUCGUUUUCUCACAGUACCUUCGUCAUAUUCCCAUAUCUUUCCCAACAUACAGCAAGGAUAAGAAAUUACACUCCUGCCGUGUUUACGUCUUCCAGAUUCUCCCAGUCCUGCUGGGAAUAGCCUUGUCCUGGCUGCUCUGCUACAUUUUAACUACCUUUAAUGCCCUUCCCUCUGAUCCGGGCAGGUACGGUUACUUGGCUCGUACUGACAUAAAGGGAGAUGUAGUAGGUAAAGCCCCUUGGAUCCUGUUCCCGUACCCCGGCCAAUGGGGGCUGCCCACUGUGAGCCUGGCGGGGGUGGUUGGCAUUUUGGCAGGUGUGAUUUCUUCCAUGAUAGAGUCUGUCGGGGACUACCAUGCGUGCGCCAGGCUAUCGGGGGCUCCACCUCCGCCUAAACAUGCCAUCAACAGGGGCAUCGGAAUGGAGGGGCUGGGGUCUUUGCUGGCCGGAGCCUGGGGGACAGGAAACGGUACCACCUCUUACAGUGAGAACGUAGGAGCCCUCGGCAUCACAAAGGUUGGAAGUCGCACGGUGAUUGUCGCCGGGGGCGUCUUCAUGAUAGUCAUGGGCGUGUUCGGCAAAGUGGGAGCCAUAUUUUCCACCAUUCCAUCACCCGUCAUCGGGGGGAUGUUUAUGGUUAUGUUCGGGGUCAUUUCUGCAGCAGGAAUUUCAACUCUCCAGUAUGCAGAUUUAAAUUCAUCUCGCAAUAUCUUCGUUUUUGGCUUCUCCAUGUUCUCGGGUCUGGUCAUACCGAACUGGAUAGUGAAGAACCCUGCAGUUAUUUCCACAGGAGUGGCUGAGGUGGACCAGUUGCUGCAGGUUCCGUUCACAACCAGUAUGUUUGUCGGAGGCUUCUUUGGCUUCUUAUUAGACAACACAGUUCCAGGAACAAAGCAGGAACGAGGCAUCCUGGCCUGGAACAAAGCUCACGAGGACAGUGCCAGCAACACACUGGAGAGCGGAGAAGUGUACGACCUUCCUUUUGGCCUGAGUUCUUACUUUUCUUCUUGCUCGUGGAUCCGUUAUGUACCAUUCUGCCCACCUUGUGUGCCUAAACGUCCUGAAGGAUGCGAAUCAAAGGCGGUCACUCAAGAACCCACUCAGACGCUCGGACCCUCAGAGCCUCCGCACAUUAUCAUUGGAGUCGCUCAUUAAGUGGCGAACUCACAUCCGCAUCCCCUUUUUGAGGAUUUGCCUGUACAUACAUUGUCAGCAGAGAGGCUUCUGUUGGAAUCAUGUAUUUUUCCUCCAACUAUAUAUAGUAUGUACAAUUAUUUCUUCCAUGGACAGAAAUUAACUUUAAAAUCUAUAUGGAGUAAUUUUUUUCAGCUAUUGUUGUUUGAAAAUAUUAUUAAUUUUAUACUUAACGGUGUGAAAAUAUGGUUUUGUUUCAUAAGGUUUCAAGCUUGAGCAAAAAUGUAUAUUUAGCUUUGUUCAUAGUUUUCAUCAGAUUAAUGUAUUUUCUGAUGGUGAAGUAUUAUCAGUGCCUGAAUUGUACACACUGUCGGUUUGGUGUACUUUGUACAUAAUGUACAGGUAGCAGGGUGAUAAUUGUAUUUGGUGUCCUGUUAAAUGUCACAUUUUGUCAAUGUUCUUUCCUUAAAAGGUACAGGCCUUUUUGAGCCAAGCGGUGUUAGGGUUGGUCCAGCGGCAAUGCACACACUAUAAUGAGAUCGAGGCCUUUCGAAUGAGCCAUAAUGAUUUCACAGCAUAAAACCUUUUUUACGCGGCAUUCUGGAACCUGGGGCGGCCGCCGCCCGGCGCCGCCCCAGGUUCCGACCCUCGCCGGCCACCGUCUACAUUGCGCUCUUGCCGCCGCCGUCUUUGUCUUCGUCGCCGCCGCCGCCGCCGCCGCCGCCGCCGCCGCCGCCGCCGUCGUCUUCGGCAGAGUAAGACAAAGCUUACUUAGCCACAAAUUCACCGUUGACAAAACACAGUAUAUGAUGUCCCAUCACAUAGUUUACAGUCUUGGUCUCAUGAAAAAAAACAUCGAAAAUCAACACAAUAGAUAGAUUUACAUACAACAGACUUAUCUAGUCGUGUGCAAGAAUAACCUAUUUACGUGGCUUAAAACAAGUAAUUUAACAGCUAUUUAUUUAAUAGACAGUAUCGCAAAGCAUGCUGGGAUGUGCGCCUAUCGACACUACAAUAUAAAGAGGACAAGGAACUGCUGAUUAUGAUGCGGGCGAGGGAGGAUGUCAAUUAAGGGCCUCAAUUCUUGAAUUUCUUCUCCUUAAAAAUUACUUUUAUGCAACUAUUGGCUAUGUUAUCUGUAUCAUGUGUCAUUUGUGUGCUUUCAACAUAUACUUGUUAGUCCAAAAUACAGUACACUUCAAAAA